AUUCGACAGUAGCUCGCAUCAAGACCUCGAGCGCGAUCGCUUUCCGAAAGCUCUCGAACACGAACACCGAAUUCUAGAGCCAAAUCAACUAUUUCAAAUCCCAUCUGCCGACGCUUCUCAUUUUCCACGGCUCCGAAGCCCGCGUUCCGCGCGAGAUUUUUCCUAGAUCUGCGCUUCGAAGCACACCACUACCCGUUGCCACCCACGCCCGAACAUGGCACAGAACGAACACAAACAUGUUGGCACCCACGGCGCACAGGAGAACCGAGCGAUUUUUAACCUACCCACAAACAUGGGACCCGCCACGUCCUCAGAGGAGGAUGUGUUGGCUGACGUCGACGAGCCUCCGGACUUAGAGCGCACCCCACGCCCCUCUGGUCUCAAGCUACACGAGUCUUUCAAGACGUCGUUCUCCAAAGCAAACCCAUGCAGCGGCCGCAAAGAGUCGCUGCUCACGAGCGCCCUGCAUUCGAGUAACACGUCGCCCGUGGAGGAGCAUCCCGAUCACACCUCACUGAGCCGAGGCAUGUCGUGCGCCUCGACGUGGAGCAACAACAGCACGUCCACGGCGGAGCUCACAAGUGACGGUGACUUUACGAGCCCUGGCACGCGCACAAGCACGCCGAGCCCACCUCUACCACCAUCGUCCUUCCACGCUAUUAUGCCCAUUUUCAACAAGAAACCGUUCGAGCAGCCUGUCUCCAUCGUCCGCCAUGAUGACGAGAACAUUGGUCCUCUCCAGAAGCCACCUCCUGCACCUUCCUCGGGAGAGCAGAGCGUGGAAGUGAGCUUGGGUCGAAAACGAUGCAUUACAUUCGCAUGCGGCCCUAAGAAGGAACAGAAGCCCGCAUCCGAGGCCGCGAAACCCGCAUCUCCCUCAGAGCAAACGACAGAGCCGCCAAAGCGCGCCUGCACGAUCAAGUUUGCUUGUCCUACGAAGAUUUCCACCGAUGCCCCGUCCAGAGGCACCAAACCUCGUCCCACUCGAGCCGGAAGCCCCGCUCCACAGCUAUAUCGAUCGCGCGCAUCUCCCAAGGCAUCGUACAAAGCACACCGCGACUCUGAUUCAACGGUCCGCAAUCCCUCUCCAGUCAGCGUGCGCAAGGCACCUGCCGUUGACAGAUCUCGUCGCCUCAGCCAAAACUCGGAUCUUGCCCGAUCGGAAGCAUACCGCUUCCACGAAUUUGCAAGCUCCGAAGAAGAGGUUGAGGAAUGGACUCAGGAAUCAACCUGUCAUCGACGGCCGCUCACAGUCAAGGAUACGCUCUGUAUCGAGAACAACCUUCGCAAGUUGGGCGAAGAGGCCGAGGAAGAAGCCCUCGACGACGAGGAAGAGGAGGAUCUUGAGGAGGGCGACGACGAUGAUGUAGAGCUUGACGAGGACGAUGACGAGGACGAUGACGAUCUGAACGAGGAAGAGGACAGCGAUGCACAGGACGAUGUCUCCUCCGACGAGGGCUUUCAAACCGAUGAUGAAGAAGGCUUCGCCGUUUCCGACGAUGACAGCGACGCGGGCUCAGAUUACAACUGGUGGGCUCCUGGGCGUUCGACUGCUGCGACGUCAAUUGAGCACCUGGAGCACAUUCGGCCGGCCAGCCGCCGCAGUAUUUCCGAAUCAUCCGUAGGAUCGGUCGGGAGCGGUAUUCGUUACCAGCCAGAGAAGGCAACCAAGCGCAGGAAGUCGCGUCCAGUCAACAUCCGCGUCCCCAGCCCGGAACUCCCUGACAGCACCGACUUUGUCUGUGGAACACUUGACGAAGAUCGACCUCUUGAGGAUGCAUACCUGUCGGCCCUGGAACGCCGACGCGCAGCCAAGCAUAAGACCACGCCUCAAGACAUUGACCCCACCUUUCCAACAUCGGACCCUGAGCUAGACGAGGAGGAUGAAGACGAGGAGCCCGACAAUCUUGCCUCGGAAAGCGACUCAUACUUCAUGAUGCAUGGUCAGAUGGACCCCGACGGCGACCUUCGCGGACGUCGCAAGAGUGCCACAAAGACGCACUCUCCACAGCUGUCUCCGAAACGUCUUCGCUCGCCUCCUCCUACCAAACGCACUGUGCAUCGGUCGCCUCCUCCCCGCAAAUUGUUUGGACAGUCGCCAAAACGUCUGUGCUCUCCUGCACCAGUGCGCCUUCGGUCGCCCCCGCCGACCCGUCGGGGUUCGUCAGAUUUGCUGUCCCCUAGACGUCCAGGACUCCGAAUCCACUUCGCCGGUCUUGCAGAACGUCCUAUCCUAACGACAUCCUCCUCAUUACCUCGUACCCCGAUAUCGACGCAUCCGCCUGCGUAUGACGACGAGGAUACGCCUAAUGAGCUACCUGUCCGCCGUGCCAUUGACAUCAAGGUCGGCCUUGAGAAGAAGCGGCAGCGGCGCAAGGAGCAUCUGUACAAGAAGAUGCAUCGCAAAGGCACCAAAGACAAGCGCCCACCGCCUGGAAAAGGCUGCGAGAAGAUGCGAGAGAUGGGUCUCGGUCUCGCAGCACACAAAGGCAAGGCCGCCGGCUUCGGCUUUGGCUUCCAAUUGCCGGCCACGCCAGAUCAAAAAGACAUGCAUGUGCUAUCCGUCUAGGAUAGCAAUUCCGUGAUGAACAACGCCGCUGACGCCCAGUCGGCACUUCACAAGAUGCCUCAGGCUUGAGGACUUGUUGGUCGCUGGUCUCACGUUGUUGGGCAUUUGCCCGCUCUUUCGCUUCAUUCUUCCUUUUCUCUUCCAGGCUUUUGUGUACAUAGCCACCCUUUUUUUCAAUGUUACAUACUCUUUU